AUGUCGUAUGGGUCCAUUGACGGAGGCUCUUUUGGCAGUCGCAACCCAUUUGGAGGUCCUACAAGGCAAGGAUACCAGCCAGUAGCCACACAGGUCAGUCCCUCGGAACUGCAAGAUGUGUUUCAGGAGACCUCCUCCAAUAUCUUCCAGAUCAACGCCAACGUUGUCACACUAGAGAAGAAUCUUCAAUCGCUGGGAACAUCCAGAGAUACAGCAGAGCUUCGACAGAGUCUACACUCCAUGCAGCAGCAAACCAACAAAGUCAUCACCAGCACAAGCCAACUCAUCAAACAGCUCUCUGAUAUAAUCAGCGGCUCUUCACGGGUAUUUUAUGCUCCCCUUCCUCCCUCAUUCACUCAAGACCGUCUGCGCCUGACCAGACUAAAGACUGAACUGUCAGAGUCUGUGCAGCGCUAUGGGGAUCUGCAGAAGAAAAUCGCAGAGCGCUCAAGGGCCUUGCUCCCUCCAGCACAGAAAGACAAGAGGAAGAGUCCUCAGACCCCAUCCACUGAACAGAUCGAGGAGGGUCCGCUGUUUGGAGAAGCAGUUGGCUCGGAGGGAGGGGCUCAGGCUUUCCUGUCCGAGAUCAGUGAGGAGGACGUCAAGGUGCUUCGCCAAAGAGAGGAGGCCCUGCUGCAGAUCGAGAGAAACAUGCUGGACGUCAGUCAGAUCAUGAAGGAUCUGGCCAGUAUGGUCCACGAACAAGGAGACACCAUAGACAGCAUUGAAGAUUACAUCCAGACUGCAUCAUCCAAUGUGGAAUCAGCCAAUCAGGAGCUCGCGAAGGCCAACCAAUACCAGAGGCAACUGAGGAAGAGGAAGUGCUACCUCCUGGUGGCCGGAGCCGUCGUCCUCACCAUCCUCAUCAUCAUCAUUGCCGCUUCAGCGAGAAAAUGAGACCGGCCACUGUGGUAGCUGCUGUCAUUACAGUGACACAGCGGUGCUCCUGCCCAGUCCGAUCCCUGACCCGAGCAGCUGGUUUCCAGUGGGAGGGGGCUGCCCUGCAACAACAUCUCUACUCCAUCAUCCCUGCCUCUGUUUACAUGUGCAUCAGUGUGGGGAAGGAGUCCCCAGUCAGAGCCUC